AUGACACGGCCUCUCCUGCGCCUGCGACUGACCGCUCUUCCACUGCCGGCACACCGCCCCUACAAGGUGCGAUGGAGCUCCACCUUCACGCCGCGGUCUAUCUCGGCUUUGUUGAGCCACACCGCGCAGCAGUCGUCUCCCGCCAGUGAGACGGUGACCCUGCAUGGCUUCGUACGCUCGGUUCGCAAGCAAAAGCGUGUUGCCUUUGCGGCUGUAGGGGACGGUUCGUCCUCACAGACUGUGCAGGUUGUCCUCGCCCCACAACAAGCCAGCGGUCUUUCUACGGGUGCAGCAGUCGCCAUUACAGGUCAAUGGGUACCCUCACCUGGUCAAGAACAGUCGCAUGAGCUCCAAGCCAACAGCGUCCGCGUCCUCGGUCCGAAUGAUGCUGCUACCAACCCUUUGCAAAAGAAAUACCACACAAACGAGUUCCUUCGCACGCUGCCUCACCUGCGCUCCCGUCUCCCAUUCAACUCGUUGCUUUUACGGCUUAGGUCACAGGUCUGCGCUGGAUUGACAAACUACUUUUCAAAGCACGACUUUAUCCAAGUACACCCACCAAUCAUCACAUCAUCCGAUUGCGAAGGCGCUGGUGAAGUCUUCACCGUGGCCCCGGCAGCUGCGUCUGGCGCCGCUCACUCGAGCAAAGGACAACCACAAGAGGCCGAAGACCACUUUUUCCAAUCGCCCAAAUACCUGACUGUUUCCGCCCAACUGCAUUUGGAGGCGCUUGCACAAUCUGUAGGGAAGGUAUGGACCUUGUCGCCAACAUUCCGAGCAGAACGGAGCGAUACCACGCGCCAUCUGAGCGAAUUCUACAUGCUGGAGGCCGAGUUAGCCUUCGUUGAUGACAUGAACGACGUCAUGGACGUGGUGGAGGGCAUGUUGCGCCACACUGCACAGGAACUUCGGGAAUCAGCCGUUGGAAAAGAGCUUCUCGAUGGCCGGGGGCGUGAUACGGAGGAGGAUACACCCGGUGGACACAACCUCCUCGCACAACGGUGGCAGAGCCUAAUCAACGGACCUUGGCCACGCAUCACCUAUGCCGAAGCUAUACAGCACCUAAAGGAUGCAGUGACGCAGGGAGAGGCGCAGUUUGGCUUCGCCCCCGCUUUUGAGGACGGCCUACAGACUGAGCAUGAACGAUUCCUGGCUGAGAAGGUCGGACAAAAUGGGCCAGUCUUUGUGACUGACUACCCACGCAACAUCAAGCCAUUUUACAUGUCACCUUCCGCUGAGUCGGGGCCCGGGCAACAACCUGCACCCACGGUUGCAUGUUUCGAUCUCCUCGUCCCGGAAGUAUGCGAACUAGCUGGAGGAUCGAUGCGUGAACACCGGCUUCCGGAACUUCUUCAAUCCAUGGAGGAGCAUGGUCUUCGACGCUCGGUGCCGGCGGAUGGCGAACCAGAGACGGAAGACGGGCCACUACAAUGCUAUGAGUCGCUGCCGUCUAACUUUUCGCUCACGGCCAAUAUGAUGGCAGGCGCUUUCGCCGGCAUCGCGGAACAUUCAGUCAUGUAUCCAAUCGACCUGCUGAAGACGCGCAUGCAAGUCGUCAACCCGUCGCCGACCGCCGUGUACACGGGUGUUUCCAAUGCCAUGGUCACAAUUACCAGAGUAGAAGGCUUCAGGACGUUAUGGAGGGGCUUGUCCAGCGUCGUGCUCGGGGCCGGGCCCGCGCACGCCGUUUAUUUUGCAUCUUACGAAGCAGUAAAACACGCACUGGGUGGAAAUGAGGGCGGGCAUGAGGAGCACCAUCCGCUUGCAGCUGCUGCCAGUGGAGCCGCAGCCACCAUCACGAGCGACGCGCUCAUGAACCCGUUCGACGCAGUUAUUAAACAGCGCAUGCAGUUACAGGGCUCCGUCUACAAGUCGGUUCCUCACUGUGCGCGCGAAGUGUUCCGCACCGAGGGCAUCUCGGCCUUCUAUGUUUCCUAUCCUACCACCCUCUGCAUGACUGUGCCGUUCACGGCACUACAAUUCAUGGCCUACGAGUCCAUCUCCAAGGUCAUCAACCCGACGGGACGGUACGACCCCACUACACACUGCACUGCUGGUGGUUUGGCGGGAGGAUUCGCCGCGGGUUUGACGACGCCGCUGGACGUGAUCAAGACGCUUUUGCAGACACGAGGGAAUGCGACUGAAGCAGAGCUGCGAAACGUCUCUGGCCUUUGGGAGGCAGCGAAGCUUAUCCAUCGGCGAGAGGGCUACAAGGGGUUUUUCCGCGGACUGAAGCCUAGAAUAAUAACCACCAUGCCCAGCACCGCCAUCUGCUGGUCCGCAUACGAGAUGGCUAAAGCCUUUUUCAUCGCGCGAGGCGAGGGCAGGUAA